CCCCCCGAAAGCCAUCCGCCACCGUCCCCAAGUGGAGUUAAAGUGUUGCACGAGUGUCCCGAUGCCGUAGUCGAUAUCUGCUUUAUCCACGGUUUAACCGGAGAUCGUGAGAGCACCUGGACCGCCGAAAAGCAACCCAGGCCUUGGCCGGAGACUCUCCUGCCACAAGUAUUGACGAAUGCACGCGUGCUCACGUACGGAUAUGACGUAUAUGUUGUGCGUGGGGAGGCUGCAUUGUUAACUGGGGUGGCCGGCCAUGCCACAGACCUCUUGACCGACUUGUCAACGAAUAGAGAGGGUACCAGUGCUUCGUCUCGUCCUCUCAUCUUCGUCGCCCACGGGCUAGGGGGCCUUAUCUGCAAGUCGGCCAUUCUGCUCUCGAGAAACAAAGCUGAAGAUUCUCUCCAAAGUAUAUUUAACUACACCUUUGGUGUUUUAUUCAUUGGCACUCCUCACAGGGGGUCCUGGAUGGACGACUAUGCCAGCAUAGCAGCUUCGGUUAUUGAUCUCGCCACGCCUAACCACAAGGGGCUCUUGGAUUUCCUCAAGGCUGAUAGUCAACUCCUGGAAUUUAUCCAAGACGACUUCUGGAGCAUGAUACGACAGCUUCGAGAGAACGGCCGAAUCAUUCGGAUCACGUGCGUCUACGAGGAGCUUCCUCUGGAGGCGUUAGGGAAACUCGUGGUGCCCCAGCAAACAGCUACUCAGGAUGGCUACCCGUCAUUGAGCAUACACGCGGAUCAUGUGAAGAUGGUUAGGUUUGGUUCUAUACAAAAUGCUGUACUGAUCAGGCUACUUGGAGAGUUGAGGGGAUGGAUAACGCAAUUCGAGGAUCAGGUA